AUUGGGCCCUAUUAUCAUUUUAUAAGACAAAUUCAGCAUUGGAAUUUGAUAGGAAGCAAAAGACUUGAUGUGCCAGUUGGGUCAACUGUAAGUUUUGAGCCAGGCGAAACAAAUACAGUCACAUUGGCAUCAAUUGCUGGAUCAAAAUACAUUAGUGGUGGAAAUGGAAUAGCAACUGGCAAGUUUGAUUUGUCAAAAACCAAAUCAAUUGUUAAGACUUUAUUAGAAAAGGGCUUUAACCAUAACCCACAACAACAACUUGCUUCAUCAUCAUCAUGUAAUCCAUAUACUAUUAACAGAAGAGCCUAUUCUGAUAUUUUUGGUCCAACAACAGGAGAUAAAGCUAGCUUGGGUAAUACUAAUUUAUGGUUAGAGAUUGAGAAGGAUUAUACCAAGUAUGAUGAUGAGUGUAAAUUUGGCGGUGGUAAAGUGUUGAGAGAGGGUCUUGAACAAGAUCGCAACAUUGAUGGAUCACACAAUAGAAACACGUCUCGUCACACUUACACAAGACAAUAUAGACUCGAUCUUUCGUAUUUGGUGUUGGAUGCUUGUCUUGUGAGAGGGGAGGAAAAGGGACCUGAAAAUAAUGAUAAUCCAGCAGUAGAACUAGUCUCGAAAUUUACAUGGACGUAUGGAAAUUGUCCCUACAUCUUUGAGUACUAUGCAAUUGCUGCCGGGGUGAUGUAUCUUGAAGGAGACAAUACUGAUCGGGGGACUUUGAUUGAAUUUAUGCAAAAUACAGUUGUAAAACGUUAUUCUUUAGUGGAUUCUGUCAUGGACUUUAAGACCCUUUAUGAUGAAAUGGCCAAACAUCAAGUUCCUUUCAUUGAUUACCUCAACCAUGUCAAUACGGAGGAAGGAUCAACUCCAUUCAUGAUUUUUUCACCAAAGGAUCAAGAGAUUUGGUUCACCAUCGAUUUUGAUGAUGCGUGCCAUGCUCCUUCAAACAAACGAUUAGCUACAGGAAGUCAUGUACCCGAGAUUUUUCAAAUCCCAUCACAAUGA